AUGAGACUGAAGAAUGAGAAUAGCAGAGUCACUGCUGUUUGUGGUGUUGAAGGAUGCAAAUGGAGAAUCCAUGCAUCACCAGUUUUAGAUUCCAUGACCUUUAUGAUUAAGACUUAUCAAGGUGAACACACAUGUGUGAUGGACAGGAAGAACACAGAAGCUACAGCUGACUGGAUUGCUAAGAAACUAGUUCUAGUCAGGAGAAUUCACCCCAACAUGUCCACCAAAGGGGUAGAAGCUGAGAUGAUUAAGUAUGGUGUGCAUCCAAGCAAAUGGCAGAUGUAUAGAGCACUAAUUAAAGCAAGAAAUGAGAUUGAAGGCAAUCACAUUGAAUCGUAUGCCAAAUUGCCAAAGUAUGCAGAGCUGAUCAGGAAAUACAACCCACAAAGUAUCUGCAAAAUACAUUAUGAUAGGCCUACUCUUCUUGUUGAGCCUAGAUUUCUCACAAUGUUUAUUAGUUUCAAAGCUCAAAGAAGUGGAUUUGUUGAAGGCUGUAGACCUUUUGUUGGUUUUGAUGGAUGUUUUUUAAAAGGUGCUUAUGGUGGUGUGCUUCUCACAACAGUCACAUUAGAUGCUAACAAUAGCAUUUUUCCUAUUGCAUUUGCUGUGGCUGAAGCUGAAAAUAAAGAAACCUGGAGUUGGCAAAAGGGCUUGAAUAUAGCUUAUGAAGAGAAAGUGCCUGUUGCUAGUGGAAGACAUUGCUGUAGGCAUAUCUGCAGUAAUUUUAAAGCUCAAUUUCUUGGUAUUCUGCUUAGUAACUUGUUCUGGAGAGCAGCAAAAAGCUUUGAUGUUGCAGGACAUAAUGAAGCCAUGGCUAGCAUAAAGGAAUAUACCUUCAAUACUGGACUAAAAUGUGAUCAUGUCACAAAUAACUGCACUGAGUCCUUCAAUGCAUGGAUAGGUGAGUUCAGAGGGAAGCCUAUCUUGACACUUGUUGAUGGGCUGAGGAAGAAGUUCAUGAAGAAAAUGCAUAAGCGAUAUCAGAAAGGGUGCAUGCUCACCACUGCCAUCACACCAAAGAUGGUUGGUAAACUACAAAAAAUAGGACAAGCAUCAAGACAAUGUGAACUCACUAUGGCUUCUACUAAUGUAUUUGAAGUGGGGGAUAUGAACAGGUCCUACAUAGUCAAUUUAUCAGCUAAAACUUGUGAUUGUGGAGCAUUUCAAAUUUCAGGCCUUCCUUGUAAACAUGCUGCACUAGGGAUUAUCUACAAGAGAGAAAAGCUGGAAUCCUACUGUGAGCAUUGGUUCUCAAGAGAUAAGUACUUAAAGACAUAUUCAAGUAUGAUUCAUCCAAUUCCUGAUGAGAAAAUGUGGCCACCUAUGCCAUAUGUUACACCUGUAAUAGUCCUGCCUCCUCCAUUAAGGAGAGCUCCAGGUAGACCAAAGACUAAAAAGAGAAGGGAACAUGAUGAAGGACAGUCUGUGUCACAACCAAAAAGACAUUGCUACAUCAAGUGUGGAAACUGUGGCUCUUUUGGUCACAACAAGAGGUCAUGUCAAGGAGCACCUGUCCAGAAUAAGAAGAAUGGCAACAGAACUACUGGCCAGCAAAGCUAUAGAAGAGGCAAACCAGGAAGAGGGACUGCAAACACGGGCCUGUCAGGAGCAACUCUUUGGGAUCAUGUCUCUGGCAAUGUUCCAGUUGUACACUCAAGCCAAGGCAGCAAUCCUUCUCCUUCAACUCAACCUGCACCUGCAACUGUGAAUGUGCAUGUGCAGAAUCAGAGCACAACAACCACUUCAAAGAAAAAGAGAGGAAGACCUUUAAGCAAUACUGGAGCAUCUGCUAGAGGGAGCAGCAAGAGAAACUACUCAAAUACUGCUCAGAUCACUCAAAUUGUGGAACAAGCUGGUCAUCAGCAAAUUGCUACAUUUCAAGUUGCUACACCUGCAUCUGAAUCCAUCAAUGCAGCUACAACACUGCACUCAACAAAUGUUAGCAACAAUAGCAGUUUUAGUAUGCAAUUCUGA